UGCGGAUUAUGGUAAUCCAGUUGCCAUUGCAAGGCUUGUCAUUUACUCUGUGUCCAUUCCAAAAACAAAAGGAAAGAUGAAGAUCAAGGUGGAAACCCUUCUGCUGCCCCUUCUCUUCUCAUGUCAAGCACUAUUAAAUGCGUAUGCUCAAGAGCAGGAUGAGGUGUUGGAGCAGUGGAAAGGCAAAGCCUGCAAAUGUGAUUGUCAAGGGGAGCCCAAAUCGAUCUGGUCGAGCAGAACCACAAUGAUGGAAUGCAUGCCAGAGUGUCCAUAUCACAGACCGCUGGGCUUUGAAUCUGGAGCCGUCACCCCAGACCAGAUCAGCUGCGCCAGUGAGGAGCAGUACACCGGGUGGUAUUCCUCCUGGACCUCCAACAAGGCGAGACUCAACGGACAGGGCUUCGGGUGCGCUUGGCUGGCCAAGUUCCAGGACAGUAACCAGUGGCUGCAGAUUGACCUGAAGGAGGUGAAGGUGAUAUCAGGCAUUAUCAGCCAGGGUCGCUGCGACGCCGACGAGUGGAUAACCAAGUACAGCGUCCAGUACCGCACUGAUGAGAAACUCAGCUGGGUCUAUUACAAAGAUCAGACUGGAAACAACAGGGUGUUCUAUGGGAACUCUGACAGGACUUCUUCAGUACAGAACCUCCUUCGCCCCCCUAUCGUCUCCCGGUACAUCAGGUUGCUGCCGCUGGGCUGGCACACACGCAUCGCAGUGAGAAUGGAGCUGCUGGAGUGUAUGAACAAGUGUGUCUGAGCCUGAACCGCAGGCCUGGAGUACACUUGUGUGAGUUCACCUUCACCAAAGUGUAACACAAAAACAAAACAAAAAAUCCUAAUAAUCUAAAAAACAAGUUUUAUAAUUGAACAUUUCAAAAAAGGCCAUUCUUUCUUAUUCUACAGGUCUAAAUGUGUUAUUUGGUACUCCUUGGAAUACUGCACUCUUUACAUACUGUACAUUAUAGAAUUUGUUAUUAUUAUUGUAUUUUCAAAGACCAAAAAAAAUUACAAUUACAAUUUUGCCUUGUGUUCAAAGACUUUUAUUUGUCUUCCACUUUGGUAAGGGAAAGCUAGCUGGUAAAAGUUUAAAAGGCGAUUAUUAUGCAAAAUAUAAUUGGUUUGGUUUACUGUAUUGUGUACUGUGUAUGAAGGGCCGCCACGUAGCCACUGUUAUCCAGUGUGCGUUUAAAUGUUUUUUUCUAAUCAUCAGCAAGGCCAGAUCUUCAGGUUAUCUGAUGUUAAGAUGAUCCCGUGUAUUUAGAAAAAGUCACGAUGUUUCAAUAAACAUUUAACUACUCUU